CCGAUCAACAACUCGCCGGGGCGUUGCUAUCAAAAUUUUAAAAAUGUCGCUGGAUAAUCUAAGUAAACACGCGUACUAUGGACAGCCCAUAACAUUGCUGAAGCUAAAGCAACGCGUGCAUUAUUCGGAUGUGGACGAACAACGCGCUAAGCACCAGCCAGCCUCAUCGACGGGUAGCUGCGAGUAUAUAGCACUUAGGCCAACAAAAAAGUCUAUAUCGUUUUCACGCUUAGCCAACUCAACGCCCGCCAGCCCCAGUCCCAAGUUUCGUUACGCGCGCACAUCGUGUGAUCAGUGUGGUCACCAUAGAAUACCCGUAAUGACGCAUCCCAUUUCACCGCUGGCCAAAUCGCAAACCAACCUCGAGCUGGUCGAGCACAGCAGCAACACCAGCAAUCCACGUCAAGCGCUGCUCGCCGUGCCCAGCAUCGGGUUUCAUCGCAAUGACUCGGCCACCACCAUACAAAUAUCCCGACGACCCUCUAUACUACUGCAGGAAAUACUCACCGAGCGACGGCCGCUGUUCGGGCGCAAGGAUGCCAAUCAUAUGAGUUCCAAGAAACCGGGAAAUUUGCCAGAAACGGUGACGGGCAGCACGGCGACCAUAAAUUUUCAAAGCGGCACCGCUAGCGCACGCAAUGGCUCCACCGCUUUUUACGAAAGUGGUGCAAAAAGCUUUCAGGCCAAGCAGCAGAAGCAGAAGAACAGACGUGCUGGCAACGAUGCCAUCAGCGCAGCCUUGUCCGCCAUUUAUUGCAAGGUCUUGGUGCUGAUGGGCGUUUGUCUGCCCAUCACGGAAGUGAUUUCCAAUAAAAUACCCACAUAUGUAUAUCAGGGCUUCUAUGUCUAUUUAUAUGCUGGCAGCAUACUCUUUGUCAUAUUUCUCUACAUAAGCGCAUUUCGCAAUCGAACGCUCUUCAAUGCCCUCAAGGACUUUCAUGAGCAGAAUAGCAACAUUCAUCUGAAGCAUAAGGUGACACACUUUGGAAGCUUCUACUUACGUGUGGGCGCCAUAAGCUUUGCCAUGGGUACCAUGGUGUACUCGGGCCUGGAGUUUGGUCAGUUCUUCGAGUUGAAUGGUCAUCAGGGCUGUCGCGACAUUUUCGUGGCCAUCACACCCAUUUGCCGCAUGGUGCUCUGCAUAGCUCAAAUCCAAUUUAUAUUUCUCAAUACCACAUAUAUGGACAUGGCGCGUCAUAAGGUGACCUCACGCUUCGGACUUAUGCAUAUGGUGGCCACCAAUCUAUGCGAAUGGCUGUAUGUGCUGGUGGAGGAGACGAAGCACGAAAUCUUUCACAUUGGCCAUCAUGACGGCAAUGCUCUGGACGAUCCCGUGCUGCAUGGUGGACUGCAUGGUGGCCCCGACUGGGUGGCCAUUAACGAAUCUCUGCGAGUCUACGGCACAGAGCAUCAUCUGAGCACGCAUACGCUGCAAGCGGAUGUGCUCAAGCUGCUGCUAAAUGCCACAGCAGCUGGCAACAAUGCCACUGCUAUGGCCACGCCCACAACUCCAACAUUCAGCGGCUGCUCGCGCACCACAAUCAUGGGCUCCCUGGUGCAACAUCUAUCACCAUUUCUGUUUCCUUGCACCAUUGAGUACUCGCUGAUCUGCGCGGUCAUACUCUAUGAGAUGUGGAAAACAGUCAAGUCCAUUCCAGACAUCGACAAGGCGCGCAAGAGUUCGAUCAAGCCCAUAGCUCACAAGCCAGCGCAUCAUUUCUCUGUCGACUGCUCGCAAUCGCACAAGGGUCUCUUCCUGGGCAUACUUGUAAUGGUGAUGACCAUCAUAUCGAUGAUCAUGUACUUUGUGCUCUACACCCAAGAGGGCUACGAGCUGCGAGCCACGCAGGAGGUUACUCUGUGGGAAACAUUCAUGUACUUCCUAUGUGCCUCAGCGAUAAUAACAGGAAUGAUACUUAUGCGGGAUCUAAGGUACAUCAAGGACACAAGCGAUGAGCAUCAUUCCAUGGACUUGGACAAUCUCUUGUUGGUCGUCGCCCAGACGGGAGUCUAUUUGUAUGGAAUGUUUAGCAUACUGGGCAGCUAUUUUGCCAAAUGGGAUACGGUGCCCGAUCGGGUGGAGGGCAUUAUAGCCGAAGUGUUUAGCGUGGCGCAGACCUCACUGCAGACAAUGUUUAUCCUACAUGCAAGUCAUCGACGUUGCAAGGGCGCCAAGCAGGCGCGUCGCAAGCCAGGACGUGAGAUAAUCACUUUUCUCUUGGUGGCCAACAUAGCGCUAUGGUUUAUCAAUACGCUUAUCAAGGGACGCGCUGUGUUCCGGGAGAGUCAUUUGGAGUUUUUCGGUGUCUGGGGCUGGACGAUUAUAACUCAUGUGUCCAUGCCCUUGGCUAUAUUCUAUCGCUUUCACUCAACCAUUUGCCUAUUCGAGGUGUGGAAAAUUUCAUACAAGGCCAAGGUACAUUAAAACCAAAACAUAGUUGGGGGUACCAUAGUUAAACUAUGGGCACUCACCAUAUUUAGUUUAGCUCCAUUUUUUUUUCCUUUGUAUUUAUUAAAUCCAAGCCAUAUAUAUCAAGUGUAAA